AUGAACUUCUUACGUGCCGCGUCGUGUCUGACGAAGAACACGAUGCCGUGUUCGCCGGACGGUUUGAUCUCGAGCUCGACGCUGAACUGCUGCAUGUUGAGAUCCGCAGCCGCGGACACGGACAGGAAUGACCGCUUGCCAAGGAACCGGACGUCGGACAGCCUCUCUUCCCGGCCACAGUGUUUGCCAGCCCGGCCCGCCGGACAGUCGCACUCGUAUCCCGCACCCACCGGCACGCACGUCGACCCGUCCGAGCAGUUGUGCCGGUUUGCGUCACAAGCGUUGUACCGGUGA